AAAAAGAAGAAACAACGAGGAGUCUUUUUGUGGAUACCCAGACACCAGGAGGAGGAGGGGAAGAAGAAAGUAAGGCCCAAAAAGCACCAUGGCGCCCCUCGCUAGCGAGCCGCGCCAGGUGCUCACGGUCCUCAAUCCCGCCCGGCGCAAGGCCCUAUACACGCUGCUGGUCGAGAUCACGGCCUUUAUGCGCUCGCAGCUCGACUUUAACGAGCCGGCAGGAGGAGGCCACCAGGGAGCCGCUCCGCUGCUCGUCGACCCGUCCGCCGAUAACAGUAUCAUCAUUCCCGCUGGCACAGCGGGAGCAAACGAUGCCGCUCCUCCCAACCCGGCCCUCGUGCGCCUGCGCGCCGCCGCAGUCGAGCACUUUGACGGUUGGCGCAAGGAUGUCCUGGCCAAGCUGAAGGAGCUGCUCUCGACCCCGGACGACGCCUCCAUUGUCGAGGAACGCCGCAAGCGGACCGAACGAAUCGCCGCGCAGCAGCGGCAGCAGCGGCAGCAACAGGAGCAGAAAAAUAAUACCGGCUCUUCCACUGACACCCGAAGGGUGGACCUGUUAGGUUCUUGGGAUGCGUGGCCCGAGGAUGACCGGGGGGACGGGGCCAAGACCGAGGGCGGAAGAGGGCAGACGGAGGAACAGGAAGAGAACACUGGCGACGCCGUGGCCCGCCUGCAGUCGCACUGGCACCCCAUCCCGACCCGCCUGGUGACGAUCCCGGAAGAGGACCGCAAGGAGGCGCUGAGCUGCGUCUUGCUGGUGCUGCUGUCGACGGGCCAUUACUCGGCCCACUCGAGGGCCCUGGCCGUGUAUCUCACCUCGGCGCUGGAGCUGCCCUUGGCCGUCCUGAACGCCGAGGAGGUCGAGAUCGCGGUGUCUCUGGUCGAGCGCUCGGCCGAGGCGGAGAGGCAGCAGCGGACCAUGUCUGCCGAGGCCGAGGCCGAGAAGCGGAAGCAACAGAACCAGGCGAGCCGGUACUGGAAGGUCGGCCUGGCCUCCGUGGCCGGCGCCGCGCUGAUCGGUGUCACCGGUGGCCUGGCCGCUCCCGUCGUCGCUGGGGCGAUCGGCGGAAUCAUGGGGUCUGUAGGACUCGGCGGGGUUGCCUCCUUCUUGGGCAUCUUUUGGAUGAACGGAGCACUGGUUGGCACGCUGUUCAGUGCCUUCGGCGCGAGAAUGACGGGCGAGAUGGUGGACCGAUAUGCCAGGGAAGUCGACGACUUCCGCUUCAUUCCCCUGAAAGACGAGUGGGGCACCCGCGGCAGUAGCCAAAACGACAGACGCCUCCGGGUUACCAUCGGCAUCAACGGAUGGCUGGGUACGGAAGAUGAUGUGGCCAAGCCGUGGCGCGCUCUCGGUGACGACUCGGGGGCGUUCGCUCUACGGUACGAGAUGAAGAGCCUCCUUGGGCUGGGCAAGUCUCUGCGGGAACUCGUCUCUUCCUACGCCUGGAACGCGGUCAAGGUUGAGGUCCUCAAGAGAACCGUCUUGGCCACCCUAUGGUCGGCCCUGUGGCCUGCCUACAUGCUGUCCAUGGCCUCCACCGUCGACAACCCCUUCAGCCUCGCCAAGAACAGGUCGGAGAAGGCGGGCGAGAUUCUGGCCGAUGCUCUGAUCAACAAGGUCCAGGGCGAGCGCCCAGUCACCCUGAUUGGUUACUCUCUGGGGGCGCGCGUCAUCUACUCAUGCCUCCGGUCCUUGGCCGCGCGCCGCGCCUUUGGCGUGGUCGACUCGGUCGUCUUCAUCGGUGCCCCCGUCCCCUCGAACAGACAACACUGGCAAAUGAUGCGCACCGUAGUGUCAGGCAAGUUGUUCAACGUCUACUCGGAGAAUGACUACCUGCUCGCCUUCCUCUAUCGUGCAACAUCCAUUCAGCUCGGCGUUGCCGGACUACAGGAGAUCAAGGACAUCGAGGGGGUCGAAAACCUCAACCUGACUGAAGAAGUCCAAAGACACAUGCGGUACGCCAAGCUCAUCGCCAAGAUCCUCGCCAGAUGCGGUAUUCCCGUCGUCAAGGGCGCAUCGGCUCCCAUUGAGGAAGACGAGGAUGCUAUCAAACUCACCUACCCGGACAAGGAGAACGCGAAUCUCAUCGAUCUCGACGGUUUGAACAUCACGGCCCCUCCCGAAGAGGUUCAGCCCGCUCCACCACGGUUUCAGAACCGCACGCCAGGCUCCCAGCCGCAAUUCGCCCAACGCAACGAGCAGCGGACGGCAGCAACAGGGGCGGGACCGUCCGCCGUCGCGGCCGGCCGGGACCUCCUAGACCUCGAGUCGCCGAACAGUUCCGGCGGGCCCGCUCAACGCACGGCGGCAAUACCGUCCCCUUCCAUGCCCACACCCACACCGCAACCCGCUGCCGCCCGGCAGAGCCCAGACCCGCCAGAGUACGCGCCUCGGGAACUUCCCAACACAAAGUUGUUCAUGAUGCCCCAGGUGCCCGACCGGUCUCUGCAAGCCUACGUCCCGCCCGGCCCUGCGGCGUCCUCCGCUUCUUCUGCCCCCGCGGUGCCCGCAUCGCAGAUGUCGGCGCAUCACCUUCCAACAUCGCACAGCCAGAGCGCGGUAGACGGUAUUGAAGACGACGACGGCAGUGACGAGGAAGGUGGGAUGGGAAUCAAGAUGGUGGAUAACGACGAUGGCCUUGAAUAUUGUGAUCCGACCCCUCUCGAGGAAGAUCCGAAUUGGAGGUGAGAGAGAAGGGCGCUUCAAGGAGCGUUGGAAAGCAGAGUAAAUCAGAUACCCCCGUUUUGGGUCUAAUAAUAAUAAUAAUAAUAGAAAAGAAUGGUGCGCCCAGCGA